CAUCAUCGUCAUCAUCGAUAAGUAUCAGUGACAUUCAGUGAGAAUGAUUUGCUACCUACUCCUGACAGUUCUAGUGAUUUCAGCUGCCGACAGUGCACCUACUCAGGCGAACCAUUCAACCAGAGUCGACGUGCUUCACAAUUCAUCCCUCCAAGGUGGUGAUAAGAAUUCUGGUCCCCAGUAUCAUAGAGCUGUGGAUAAACGGUGGUCAAAUUUUUGGAUAUUUUUCGUUUCACCGUUUUGGUACAUAGCGCGAAAGAUUUAAAACAGCACAGAUGCACUGUGAUGUACAUAAUUUACUUUCCAAUAAAAAAAGUUAUAAUAAAAUUUGAAGCUA